UCUCUCUCUCUCUUUCUCUUUCUGACGUAUACCUACCUCUACGUAGAUAUAUACGUACGCUUUUGGGUUGUAGAUAUCGCCAAUGGCCUUGUGCUGAUCGGCAUCGACAUGUCCACGAUGGAGAGAUUAUGGGCGCGCGGUUCUCGUCUCCGCAGGGCUUCGGUCGGAGCUCGCAGCCAUGAAUUGGUUAUCUAGUACCUUCCCAUGGAGCUUCGUCUGUUAUUUUUCCGGCCCAGGGGAGUUAACUCGACUCAUUCCCCGGUCUCCUGCACUGCCCAAGUAUCGUAAUUGAUCGUACUGAAGAUGUUACUGUUAGAUUCUUUUCAUGACCCUUCGAAGAAUGGCCACACGACCCCAACGCCUCACGUCUAGACGAGCACCACCGAAGAUCCUCUUUAUCCUUCUUCUGAUCAUUGUUCCCAUCUGUCUACUUGGGGUAUUCACUUAUGGCCAGAAAAUAUCAUACUUUCUCCGUCCACUUUGGGACCAUCCACCACCCCCUUUCCAACGCAUACCUCACUACUAUGCAGAGAAUGUGUCGAUGGAGCAUCUGUGUCGCCUUCAUGGCUGGUCCAUUCUCCCCCAGCCUCGGCGGGUGUAUGAUGCUGUAAUUUUCAGCAAUGAGCUAGAUAUGCUCGAAAUAAGGUGGCGUGAGCUCUACCCCUAUGUCACUAAAUUUGUGAUCCUUGAGUCUGGUACCACAUUCACAGGCAUUCCAAAGCCUCUUUUUUUCGCUUCAAACCGUGCUCAAUAUGCUUUUGCUGAAGGGAAGAUUGUCCAUGAUACAAUUUCUGGUCGAGUUGCAAAUCGUGGAUCACAUGACGACCCAUUUAAGCUCGAGUCCGAGCAACGGGUGGCUAUGAAUGGUUUACUUCGCCGGUCUGGAAUUUCAUAUGGUGACUUAUUGAUAAUGUCUGACACUGAUGAGAUUCCGAGCCCACAUACUUUGAAACUGUUGCAGUGGUGUGAUGGGAUCCCACCUGUAAUGCAUCUGGAACUAAGGCAUUACAUGUAUUCUUUUGAGUUCCCAGUGGACUACAGCAGUUGGCGAGCCACUGCUCAUAUUUAUGGCGCAAAGACCCAAUAUCGGCACUCACGCCAAACCGAUCUUAUAUUUUCUGAUGCAGGAUGGCAUUGCAGCUUUUGCUUCCGGAGAAUCCGAGAGUUUAUUUUUAAGAUGACUGCUUAUAGCCAUGCAGACCGAGUCAAAAGGAAAGAUUAUCUGAGCAAUCCGAGGAUUCAAAGGCUCAUUUGUCAUGGAGAGGAUCUUUUCGACAUGCUUCCUGAAGAGUACACGUUCCAGGAGUUGAUCAAGAAGUUGGGUCCAAUCCCCCAUUCAGCUUCUGCAGUUCACCUUCCCGCAUAUGUUAUAGCGAAUGCAGAAAAAUUCAAGUUCCUUCUUCCUGGGGGAUGUGAAAGAAGUCCAGACUGAAAUCUUUCAAGCUGAUUUAGCAACGUCGUCAAUGCAUGAGCAAUGUCGAUUUCAUAUUUAAAUUGGACUGGCUCGAGAUUUUCCUGCGAGGAUAUAGACUGUGUAGAUUUUUAGCAUUGAUAGCAAGAGAAGUGCUAUGGACAGUCGCACAGUGACAUGGCUGUCGAUCUGGUCCAUCAAUUGCCACGGAACCCACUGUUGGUCCAACGAAUACGGAGCAAUGCAGACUGUCCCUAGCAUUUCCCUUUUGUAGUGAGUUCAGGUCGAGUUCAGCUUGAGUUUAAGACUUGUUUCUCAAUAGACAGGAAUGUUGAUGGCCAAUUUAGAUCGAGUGAUACCCACAAUUCGUCAAGAAGCGAAACAGCUGAAAGCAUUCCAUAUGUCAUGUCUUCAAAAGAAAUGUUUAGCUAAUAGAAAGGGCCUCUGAAAGUUUCAUGAUAGGUGCCAUCUUGCCAGGGAUUUCAUCCAUGGCAGCAGCACACUGGUGCCCUCAUCUGGAUCAAAUGUUUCAAUUGUUGUCGAUAUCCAAGGUUAAAGUAUCCGGUUUUUUGUCA